CCAGAAUUCUCAGCGUCAAAGCUCAGCUCACAGUCCUGCGCAUCAAGCAGGCAGAGGAUUAUAUUAAAUGGGUUGAAAACUACUGUUUUCAUUUAUUUGCAUCCAUCUGUCACGGUUAGAUGGUCUUUUAGCAGUAUCAUGAGUUGAGUCAAUCGCGUAAUUACGGGAAGAUCUCGAGCAGGAGUAAAAUAUGUACCCCUGCUCUACCGCCAUGCACCUGCUGCUGAGAUGCCUGCGGGGGUGUGGCAGGCACAGCCGCAGUCGCCUGCCCCGAAGACUAAGGCAACUUGUAAGCUACAUGAAACUCAUCCUCCAAUCGCUUUAUUUUAAUUCCCUCACAAACUCUGAUGUGUUGUUCGACUGCAUUCUUGAGCCAGUGUUUUGGAUGGUGGAAAUUGUCACACGCUGGUUUGGAAUGGUCUUUGUUUUUUUAGUAGUAGCUCUGACCAGUUCUGUUGUCUUCAUUGCAUACUUCUGCCUUCUACCACUGAUCUUGCAAACAUACACUCCUGGCUGGAUAAUGUGGCACAUCUGUUAUGGAAACUGGAUCGUGGUCAUGAUAGUCUUCCAUUACUACAAAGCCAUAAAGACCCCCCCUGGAUAUCCUCCUAAGAUGAAAAAUGAAGUCCCAUUUGUUUCUUUCUGUAAAAAAUGUGUAAUUCCUAAACCAGCAAGAAGUCAUCACUGCGGCAUCUGCAAAACCUGUAUUUUAAAAAUGGAUCAUCACUGCCCUUGGCUCAACAAUUGUGUUGGUCAUUUCAAUCAUCGUUAUUUCUUCUCGUUUUGUGUCGUUUUGACAUUGGGCUGCAUGUAUUGCAGCAUCAGUGGCCGUAAUCUCUUCAUCGAAGCAUACAACUCCAUAGAUCAAUUUAGGCACAUGGAAGUGGAGAAACAGGGGGUCCCGGUGACGGGGAUUGGGUUGCUCAUUGGUAUUGUACCAUCAGAAUCCACUGCUGGGAAGAUGGUUUCUCAACCUCCAUAUACCUACAAAGACAGGAUGUUUCACAAGAGUAUUAUAUACAUGUGGGUCCUCACAAGUACAGUGUCAGUGGCUGUUGGAGGUCUCACAUUAUGGCAUGCUAUACUGAUCACCCGUGGAGAGACCAGCAUUGAACGGCAUAUAAAUAACAAAGAGGCCAAGCGCUUGGCGAAACGUGGAAUGGUUUAUCGGAAUCCUUUCAACUAUGGCAAACUAAACAACUGGAAGGUGUUUUUGGGUGUUGAGAAGAGAAGUCAUUGGCUGACACGUGUUUUCCUGCCCUCUGGACACGCCCCUUAUGGUGACGGACUGACAUGGGACAUCUACCCUAUUAAAAAAGACAUGAUACCAGUCUGAGAUGUUACAGAUCUGAUUGUCUCAGUUUGUGAUGGCCACCAUCACUCUCACUCACUGUGCCAUGGCUGAAUGCAGAACUAGAGCAGUGAAAACACGAGCGACUGCAGUGCCCAGAUUUACAAAGUGAUCUCAUUUGAAGACUUUUGCUCUUUAUGGUCAAAUGAAAGGACUAUCCUUUGGGAUGGAUAUUCUUUUUUUAUCUUUUCUAUUAAUAUUUUGUAAUGAAAUGAAGUUGUCUGCUAUCUAUGAAAAACACUGUACUUAAAGCAGGGGUUGAACUGUUUGUAACCAUGUUGAACUGUUUUGUGUGUAUAAAUAAGAGCGUCAACUCAUAACUUAUGUAACACAGUUACACAGAGUCAUUAUUUAAGAUUUAUAUGCUCUAAAAUGGAAUAGAUUCUUUCAGAAGUCAUCUACAUCGCAAUAAUUUUAGUCAUAAUUUACUCACCCUAAUGCCAUUACAAAUCUCCAAACAAAAGCGCCAUGCUAUUACCAUUGAGCCACAUGAAAGCCAACAACAUUUUGUCUUCAUUGACUUUGGCUGUAUGGACACAAAACCACAAAUACAUUUCUCAAAAUAUCUUCUUUUGUAUUCCACUGAAGAAAUGGUGAUAUACAGGUUUUAAAUGACAUGACGGUGAAUAAAUUAUGACAUUUUUUGGGGUGACGAUCCUUUUACAUGAAUAAAAGUUAAAAGUUUACAAUUUCUUGUAAUGUUUAUACAUAAAACAUGUCUAACAACUUUUGUUUGUAGCAUUUCUUGACAGUGCAUGAUCUUUUACCUAUGUGUGUGUGUGUGUGUGUGUGUGUCAAAAGUUUUAUUUUAAGCAACUCCCUCUGCAUUUAGAUUUUACAUUUUAUCAGUAAAUUCAUUACUAGAAUGAACCUCUUACUUUGGCACUGCUUCUACCAGCUGAACCACAUUAAUAAUAAUGUUUAACAUCUAAAUCAGCAAGUUAUUCAUCAUACAUAUUAAUGCAUAUUUUGGACAUGUGUACAAAACUGGUUAUCUUUUGGUGAAGCAGACAAUAACUGCACAAAACUUCCUUGCUGUUUUAUCCCUUUAG